CAACGCGCUUCCUCUUUUGCUUUUUUCUGGAACUUGACAUUCCUCGAGACGACAAAGUUGUUGGUCAAUCCUUACCUCAGCGACAGCAUCUCGAGAUUCAUUCUCUGGUCUGCUCCUGUGCAGCCUGGUAAUUCUGGUGUGAGUGGAUCAUGGCGGCCUCAGCCUUGCUCAAAAGCCGGUGUCGACGAGCUUCAUACCUAAAUAAACUUGCAAAGGCAGAGGAUCUUAUCGACCUUUUCCCCCAUGGCUCGUACAUCGGCUGGUCAGGCUUUACAGGAGUAGGAUAUCCAAAGAAAGUCCCGACGGCCUUGGCCGACCAUGUUGAGAAGAAUGGACUCCAGGGGAAGCUCAAGUACAAUCUCUUUGUGGGUGCUUCGUCCGGCGCAGAGACGGAGAACCGAUGGGCAAGACUCAACAUGAUCGAACGACGAGCUCCUCACCAGGUCGGCAAGGAGAUCGCCAAAGGUAUCAACAACGGUAACAUCAAAUUUUUCGACAAGCAUCUCAGUAUGUUCCCUGUAGACUUGAUGUACGGUUACUAUACCAUGCACAAGGAGAACAACAAACUGGAUGUUGCAAUCGUCGAGGCUUCUGCCAUCACGGAGGACGGCGGCAUCAUUCCCGGCGCCAGUGUGGGAGCAUCACCUGAGAUUAUACAGAUGGCCGACAAGGUCAUUAUCGAAGUCAAUACGGCUGCUCCCAGUUUCGAGGGCUUGCACGAUAUCACUAUGACUGACUUGCCGCCACGAAGAAAGCCAUACCUGAUCAUGGCGCCUGAGGAUCGUAUCGGUACACCACAUAUCCCCGUUGACCCAGAGCGGGUAGUCGCCAUUGUCGAAUCAGACUAUCCCGAUCAGACCAGCGAAAAUGCGCCCGAGGACGACUGUUCGAGAGCCAUUGCAUCCAACCUCAUCGAAUUUCUCCAACACGAGGUCAAACAUGGUCGAUUGCCGCCCAACUUGCUUCCAAUCCAGUCCGGUAUUGGAAACAUCGCGAAUGCCGUGAUUGGUGGAUUGGCCAAGGGAGGUGCAAACUUCAAGAACCUCAAGGUGUGGACUGAAGUUUUGCAAGAUUCAUUCCUCGAUCUGUUCGACAGUGGGAACCUGGACUUUGCGACAGCCACAUCCAUCCGAUUCUCGCCGGGCGGUUUCAAGCGUUUCUACGAUGGGUGGGAAGCAUAUCACACUAAGCUGCUGCUCAGAUCUCAACAAGUUUCAAACUCACCUGAGAUCAUCCGACGAUUGGGCGUCAUCGGAAUGAACACGCCAGUUGAAGUCGACAUUUAUGCCCAUGCAAACAGCACAUGCGUCAUGGGAUCUCGUAUGCUCAACGGUCUCGGCGGCUCGGCCGAUUUCUUGCGUUCUUCCAAGUACUCGAUCAUGCACACGCCCAGUGCGCGACCCACGAAGACCGACCCUACCGGUAUCAGCUGUAUCGUGCCGAUGUGUACUCACGUCGAUCAAACUGAGCACGACUUGGAUGUUGUGGUUACCGAAGUCGGCCUGGCCGAUGUUCGAGGACUGUCUCCACGAGAGAGAGCCCGAGUCAUCAUCAAGAACUGUGCACACCCAGACUAUCGACCGAUUUUGGAGGAUUAUUUCAACAAAGCAGAAUUCGAGUGUUUAAGGAAAGGAAUGGGUCACGAACCCCAUCUACUCUUCCAGGCAUUCGACAUGCAUAAAAACCUGGUUGAGAAUGGCACCAUGAAAAUCAACGGAUGGAAAUGAGUACCACGAGGUCCCUCGAAUGAAGGUCUCUGAGAGUAUAUGUAUAUACAUCGAUGGAAAGAUGCAAGUGGGCUUAGGGGUACUUAGAAAGAUUUGGGUGCAUCAUGUCUUUCGGAUCUGAGUCAGUUGAAUUAUACUGAGUCAGCAGCAAAUUUGCGCACAGUGUCAUGUAAAACAAUAGGAGUCGAAUCCGACAGUGGGAAGGAAUCAUCCAGCCUAGGCUGAAGUUCAAUCCAUGUCGACUUCUUGAGAAUCCCGUUCUCAAUCUUGCCUUUGGUGCUCUUUUGUCAAGGACUAUACAACUCCC